AUGGAUAACAAUAAUGGAGUAAAAAAUAUCAAAAUUGAAGAGCAAAAUGAGCGAGCUAUGAUGAUCAUUUCACAGCACAAUUUGCGUAUUUCCACAGAAAAUUCAUAUCGAUUCCCCAGCAAACAAUUCGGAUACAUAUUCCAUAACUCGACGCCAUUUGUCCUACAGAACCCCGACGAGAUUUUGCGCAAAUUGAUUCCGCUCGAGAAUUAUUGCUAUGCUGCGGACAGCGGUUCGGGUUUGUCGCUUCCGAUGAUGAACGACAACGUCGAUCUGUUUCAAGCGUUGUUCUUUCCGAACACACUUGCUCCGAGAACUGCGAUUGCCGGCAACCGAACAGAAGCAUUAGAUGAGAACAAUUUGCGAUUUAUGUGGCUUCGAAUGGUCGCGUUCUAUUUCGAAUGGGUCACUGGUAUCACCGAGAUUCGCUACUUGAGCGAUUCGGACAAACUCAAACUCGUUGUCCAUCAAUUAUGCAAAGUGAUUUGUUUCGCAAUUGCAUUCAAUAAUCACAAAACGAGAGAUGAAUUCGAACGGGAAAAUGUGUUGAAUUUCGGAUCAGGAUUCUUCUGGACGCCGAAAAGUUCUCAAGAUCCAUUAAUCAAUGAGUAUAGUAAACGAAUAUGGACGUCGAUAAAUGUCCACUUGAUGCCAUUAUUCCAAAAAAUUCAAAUCACCACCGAAGAGUAUUUGUUCUCAAAAAUGCUUAUUCUAUUUGAUUGUUCAACGUUUACGGGAUUGUCCGCAGAAGGACUCGGAUUUGUGCAAUCAAUGGAAAACAAAUAUCGAACAAUUCUCGCGAAUUAUCUCCUUGUCAAGUACAGCGAUCAUGACGAGAAGCAGAAGCAGGCGUUAGUAUUGGAGCGACUCGAAACCAUUUCGAGACUCGUACAAUCUGCAAAUGUACCCCUGAAAAUAUGCUUAAUUCGUACGUUACAUAUUUGCUCGUUCUGGUCGCUCUGCUUUGUGUUGUAUCAGCAGAAAGUAAAAUGCCCAGAUUCAUUGGUAGCACAAUUCGUUGCUACCAAUUCGGUAACACAGCGGACAUCGAACUGGAUCGCAUUUCGCGGCGGCACGUGGAAAAAGAGCAAUUCGGCGAAAGAUCCGUACUUCCGUAGAAGUGCCAAAUGGGUUCGCAAUAUGAACCCAUCCGGUGGAACUCUCGUCACCGGCCGCGGCGGUUUCCGUCCAGGAUUCCAUUCCGACGAUUGGCGGUCAUCGAUUUUAGCCGAGCCCAAUUUCUCCAAGAGGUCUCUUUUCUAUUAUUUCGAGAAGUGA